UUUAAUUCACCUCCUUAAUUUUUCAAAAGACACUUUUUCAGACUUGUCAAAAAUCCUAUUAUUAACGAGCCAUAAAAUAUAAAAAUAAAAAUAAAGAAAAAAUAACCAAGUGAGCCAUCAGGUGAUUAAAAGGCAACCCGUGUCCGAAGGCUGAACCAAGUGACACAGAGUCUAUGGACCCACACAAAUCUCCGUUGCCGUUGCCGUCACCGCCACUUCAUCAGACCGAUGCUGACGAAGAGGAUGAGAGCGUGAAGCAGCUCAAAGAGUGCUCUUCUCUCUACUUGUCCUUGCAGGAUUGUCUAGUCAAAACCGACAGAAAUUGGAAAUCUUGCCAAAAGGAGGUUCAAGCUUUAAAGGCGUGCAAUGAGAGAAAGAAUCGAAAAGGGAAGUGAGAAUUAUUAUGUGGAUGAAAGAGCUGAGGUAGUUAUUGAAUCAUGAGAUUACAUUUCUCAUACUUCAUCUUACAUUUUUGGGUUUUUUGCUUUAGACUCAAUAGAGGAACAUACAAAAUGAUUACAUAUCUUUUAUUCUACAUUUAUUCUUAUUUAUUGAGAAUCUUUCGAAAUUUUCCAUGUAAUGAUAAUUUUCUAUAAAGAUGUAUGCUUCCUGUCAUGAAUUAAAUUGUUGAGAUAUUUGAUCUCCUAA